AUGUCCACCCAAGCAGCUGCCCACUGGGCUUCCACCCUAAGCUACGCUUCCCUCCCCCCAUCCGUCGUCCACGCCGCUGUCCGCAGCUUCUACAACUGGGUCGGAUGCACCAUCGGAGGCAGCUCUCACCCCGCGACCUCCAUCGCCUACAGGGCGCUCUCGCGCUUCUUCGGCGCCCCGACAUCGGCGCUGCUGGGCACCCGCACGCAAGUCGACGCCCAGCACGCAGCCCUGCUGAACGGCAUUGCCUCGCACGUCCAUGACUACGACGACACGCACCUGGAAACCAUCAUCCACCCAACAGGGCCUGUCGCUGCCGCCCUGCUGAGCAUCGCGCAGUCGCUGGACCGGCCGGUGUCAGGACCGGAACUCAUCACAGCCCUUGCGGCGGGCAUCGAGAUCGAGUGCAAGGUGGGACUAGCUGUAUGGCCUAGUCAUUACGAUGUGGGAUGGCACAUCACCAGCACGACAGGGUCUAUCGGCGCCGCAGUAGCAGUCGCCCGUCUGCUCAACCUCGACGAAGAAAAGACCGCCCAUGCAAUCGGCAUCGCCGCGACGCAGGUCACCGGGCUGCGCGAGAUGUUCGGCUCACACACCAAGUCGUUCCACGCGGGCCGAGCAGCGCAGAACGGGUUACUCGCCGCGGUGCUCGCCUCCGAGGGGUACACCAGCUCGCUGCAGGCGCUGGAGGCGAAGCGCGGAUGGGUCAAGGUGGUCAGCGACGAUGACACGCUGGAGCAGCAGAUCGCCAGCCUGACGGCCGGGGGCACAUGGGAAAUCGAGAAGAACGCCUUCAAGCCGUUCCCCUGCGGGAUCGUGAUCCACCCCGUCAUCGACGGGUGUGUCUGGCUGCACGGCGAGCUGCGGCGGCGCGGGCUGCACCCCCGCGACAUCAAAUCCAUCCAUGCCACCGUGCAUCCGCUGGUGCUGGAGCUCACGGGCAAGCCCGCGCCGCGAGACGGCCUGGAGGCCAAGUUCAGCGUCUACCACGGCGGCGCGGUGGGCGUGCUCUACGGGAAGGCCACGCCGGCCCAGUACGACGACGCCAUCGUCACGGAUGCGAGGACCGUUGAAUUGCGCGACAAGAUCACGGCCACUGCGUCGGAGGAAAUCCGCGCGGACGAGUGCCGGCUGACGGUCGAGGUUGUCGGGGAUGUCGCUGCUCCCAUCCAUUGGCAUGUCGACCACGCCGUCGGCAGUCUUGAUUCGCCUAUGACGGACGCACAGUUGACGGCUAAGUUUGCCGACCAAUGCGAGGGUGUUGUCGGGACUGAGCGGACGCAGGAGAUAAGCAACUGGUGCUGGGCUUUGGAGAAGGCGGAUGAUGUCCGGCAACUUGGGCAGAUCGUCUAG